UUGGUCCAGGCCCCGCCCCCGGAGCACCAGCAGCCAAUCAGCGGCCGCAGCGCCACGUGACCGCCGCCCGUGCCCGCCAAGAUGGCGCUGUCCAGGGCCGCCGCCCGCGGGGCGCUCUGGCGCCUCGGCCCCGCCGCCCUCGGCCCCCGGCGCGGCCGCAUGGAGCCGCUGCCCGUGCUGGGGGCGCCCAGGUGCCAGGUGUUCAGAUCCCCGGAGUGUCCCCUCUCCUCCCGGGCCACCUCCCGGGCCCUCGUGGCUGCCGUGGCCGCCGUGGCCCGGAGGGUCAACGCCAGGUACGAGCGUUACCUGGAGAGGAGCUUCCCCAGGUUCUACGUCCUGUACAGCACCUUCACCUCAGUGCUCUGUCCAACAGGAAUCCAGGCGCUGUUCCUGGAGGUGAAGGAGAUCGGCAGGAUCAGAUUCAGGAUGUCCCGGCAGCGGCUGAAGGUGCAGCAGCUCCCGUACCGGGACAUGGAGCGGCUGCGCCAGUUCCGCAGGGACGCGCUCAAGGCCAUUCCCAUUGGGAUCAUCGCCAUCCCACCCUUCGCCAACUUCCUGGUCAUCGUCCUGAUGUAUUUCUUCCCACGGCAGCUCCUGAUCCGGUACUUCUGGACGCCGCAGCAGCAGCUGGAAUUCCUGGAUGUCUAUGAUUCCAUCCGGAGGGACUCAUACCCGGACGUGGUGCAGAGCCUGGCGCUGGCAGCGCAGUCCCUGCCCGAGCCCCGGCCCCGGGAGCUCCUGCAGCAGCUCUGCUCCCAGGUGCAGGGAGGUGCCCGGCCCCGCCUGGCCCAGCUCUUGGCCGUGAGGAGUUUGUUCUCGGGGUCUCCACUGAUGCUGAACAGGCUCCAGGUGGAUCAUGUGAGGGCCCUGAGCCAGGUGCUGUUCCUGACCCCCCACUUACCGGCAGUUCUCCUGCGGCAUCGCCUGCUGAGCCACAUCCUGGAGAUCCGGCACCUGGACCAGGCCCUGCUGCGCCUGGGGCUGGGGCAGCUCUCUGAGGAGGAGCUGCGAGCGGCCUGUUACCUGCGUGGGCUCAACGCCACCCACCUGGGCCGGGCCGAGUGCUGGGCGUGGCUGGAGCAGUGGCUCCAGCUCUCCUGUGAGCUCCAAGCUUCCGAAGCUUCUCUCCUGGCCCACAGCAUGGUCCUGCUGUCCCUCAACUACAGCCGGCCCUCAGAGUGAUGGCCCUGUGCCCCUCACCCGGCCUGGUGCCCCUCACCUUGGCCCUGUGCCCCGACCUGGUGAUCCCCAGGCUGGUGCUGCCGAGAUCCGGGCGCUUUGCUGAGCCAGCGUCGGGUCCUCACUCCCCUCGGCGCCGUCGGGAGCGGCCGCUGCUGCUCCAGGGCCGAGCACGACCAGGAGACGUGGCUUCGUUAUCCCAGUAAUUAACUGCAUCCCGCUAAUUAUGGGAGACAGAGGGUGGCUCCCUGGCCCGGGGACGGUUCCGUCGGAUCCAGGGACUUUGUGCCGGAGGCUUUUCCCUUGUUUCUUUUCUCCACUGGACAGUCUUAAAUGUAACCCCCCACCCCGAAGGGUUCAGAAACGGCCCCAAAUCCCCCCUCGGAACCCCCUAAAUCCCUGUAAGACCUUCCCAGGAGGAUUCUGGGGGUUUGUCUGUCCGGAGCAGGCAGAGGGAGGGAGGGGUCAGGGCUGGGAACAUCCCCGAGGGGGGUGGGAAGGGCCGAGUGGGGGGUCCCCGGGCUGCCUCCUCCAAAUUCAGCCUCGUUGGAGCUAAUUAGACCUUUCCGCCUCUGUGUUUCCCACUGGGCAGUGGCGGCUCCGGGGGCUUCAGGGGGUUAAACCUCCCCCUCCACCCCGCCCUGCAUGAGGAAUUCCCGAACUUCCGAGGUUUAUUAAAGCCCAAAGGAAUCA